AUGAGGGGCGUGAGCAGCAGACACGGCAGAAGAAUCUCCGAUUUAGAUGAUCCUCGUAAUUGGAGUCGUUCGAUCAACUCUGAAUUCGCUGAUCAUCACGAGGAUGACGAUGAAGACGAGGAUGACGAUGAACAGGAGGAUAGGAGUUUGGAUCUGUUAGUUAAGUUUGUUUCAAAUGUGUUCAAGAAGGUAUCGAAACGUGCUAGAAAGGCCGUGCGAUCGGUUUUGCCUGUUCCUAUAUCAACUAAACUGGUGGAAUUUUCGGUGAAUGGAGUUUUAUUGCUGGGGUUUUUGUGGGUUCUGAAGGCUUUUCUUGAGGUGGUUUGCGCCCUUGGAAGUAUGGUGUUUGUAAGCAUCUUACUUAUACGUGGGAUAUGGUCUGGGGUAACCUAUCUGCAAGAAAGGCGUAAUCUUAGGAUAAAUAAACUUGAUGAUGACCUUCGUGCAUGGACUGGCACACAGCCUGCAGCUUAA